UCAGGUCUGAAAAUGGCCUACAAAAAGUCAUUGCAACAGGGUCUAGUAGGUAUUGAAACUGCCGUGGGAGGUCUGAAACAGGUGUUCACACAGCAGAAUGAAUUGUUUGACGAAUUCGUCAAUGACAGCAUAUCCUUAAACUCAGACUUAAUGGAGUUCGUGAAGAAACGAGCAGAACUACAGAUGGAAUACGGAAAGAACUUGCAACAUUUAUGCGACAGACAACUUAAGAAAUAUCAGAACAUUUUUGAACGUCAGCGCAGGUCUAAUAAAUGUAACAGUUCACUGUUUGGCUGCUUUUUCCAGCUGCUAACUAGCUCGCGCUUCGAGGCUGCAGAUUUCAUAGGCUUGUCGCAAAUGACUUCCGAUAUCAGUCUACCUUUAAUAGAACACGCGAUAGGAGAUCUGAAAGUGAAUCACUCGGUGUUCAAGAAGGUUCUGUGUGACACGCAGAAUGAAUUAACAGGUCAAAGUGGGGACUUGGUGCUGAAUAUCAAAGACUACAACAGCCAGUUCGCUGCUUUCAAGGAUCACCAGAGUAAACUGGACACUGUAACUAGUGACUUGGCCAAAGUCCAGAGGAGUCUAGAGAACAAAGGAAAAGAAUUGGCUGCCAGCUCUAAAUACCGAUCAUUAGCUAAAUCGGAGUCGAAGCGUCGGGAGAACUUCCUGCAGUCGCGACAGAAGCUGAACAAGUCGAGAAACGACUACCUGCUCAGUCUGCAGGCACUCACUCACUACAGAUACAAACUGUUCAACGACGACAUACCCGCUCUGUUCGAGAAUCUAACAUGCGAAUUCUAUGUCCUGAUGAAGGUGGCUCUGCGCAACCUCUGUCAAGCACAAGUGAAACGCAUAUCAAACUCAGAAGUUUGUAACGAGAAGCUAGAAGAGAAAGUGAUGCAAGUGGAUUUUGGCAAGGAGUGGUCUUCCAUUUAUGAUUCUAACUCGGAUUGUCUGGACAUCCCGGAUUCGAAGCUGGAGUUCCUGCCGGCCUACACAAAAGAGUGUCUGGACAGCAUAAACAGUCUGCAGCUGGAUUCAGAUGUGAAAGAGAGAUACCCAAUCAUUAUGCAGAACUUCGACGCUAACCUGAUGAAGAGCAGAGAGACGCAGGACCAAAUCGAAGCUGCGAAAAGAUCAAUUGUUAAUAUCGGACAGAACAUGCACGUAGAGCUGUCUGAUUACCUGCUUGAUUUGCAGAAUACGCGUGGAUCAACAGGGACACUUCAGAACUCACAAUGUGAUGAGGAUGCAGUCGCAGAGAAUGGGGGUACGGCUUCGCAGAACGGCUGCACCAAAGUAGCUGUAAUUUCUUCAGAGCAUUCAAUGAGACAAUCUUUGGUCAACGUUAGAGGGCAAUACAACACAGUAGUUUCAAAAUUCAGAGAAUUGUUCGGUUAUUCAAACAAAGCUGCCAGAUUAAAAGCGCGCAAAGAUUUGAUCGAGUCGACAUUCGGAGGUGCACUUGAGACCACGCAGACUACGUAUAAAAUGGUGUCCGUUAAACGACAGGAAAGCGUGAAAAUCACAAAAUAUGUUCCGAGGCCAGUUGCGGCUGUGAACGUGAAACUUUUCGGAGGAGAUAUAGAACAGUAUUGUAAAGCUAUUCAAAAGGAUAUCCCACCUGUUGUUUUGAGUUGCAUUGAGUUUAUAAGGGAACACGGAAUGUUCACUCAAGGAAUAUUUCGAGUGAAUGGUGCUAAGUCGACAGUGCGCUAUCUCAAAGACUAUUUCGAAGGAGGUGACGACCCACUAUUGUCGCCCAGUGCUGACUCGAACGCAGAAGAGUACGAAGCGGCUGCCGUUUCUGAGCUACUCAAGUUAUAUUUCAGACAGCUGCAAGUGCCUGCACUGCCUACUGAAGUAUUGAAAGAGUUCAUCAAAUCACAAACACCACAGAGUAACAUUUCAAAUGACGGCUCCUUUUUGGACAGCACAGGGCAAAGUAUUGACAUGAGUGAAGAUUCGUUAUCAGAAGGUGCAACAGAUAAUUCAAUAGGCACUGACUCGAUCAAAAUGCUGAAAAAUGUCCUAUCUAAUCUGCCUUAUUCGACCAUGGUUACUUUACGGUACCUGUUCGCAUUUCUCAAUAGCCUGACUCGGUUCAGUGACGAGAAUAUGAUGGACUCGUAUAACCUGUCCAUAGUUUGGGGUCCUACCCUGGUCCGACCUGAUGAAGAAGAACUGGUGGCCAUGCAGACUCCAAUCACACAACUGGUACAGUUCCUGAUUGUCAAUCACUUCCAGGUGUUCCCGCAGGACUCGGGAUCUCUAUUUUCGGAUACAGCCAGUCGGAUCAGACCACGAACUCUUAGCAUAGCCGAGAUGGGAAGCACUUGUUCUUUGACAGACUCGAUAGAGACAACGAGCCCUUACAGUCAAAAUGACAACAAUAACAGUAUCAGUUACGGCAUAAGCAUGUCAUUUUCACCGACUAGUUCACAAAGUAGUAAGCUGCCCACUCCCAACUACCCCAAAAACGCCCUAACCCCCUCAUCGGACUCGGGAGAAUCUCUAGGCUCUUCGGACAGUCCGGCACUGAAUCCGAAGAGUGCUCGACACAUCAGGCAGUCGUCAAGUGUAGUAGUUAACUCGGCAGCACUCAUCUCGCAGCCAGGAGAAGUGGUGAAAGAGGCCUCGGUGCUGAUGAACAGAAUGAUACCCUAGUAGAAUUAGUCUUUGCAUGUCUUUCAGAUGAUAUUCUCAUAUGCCACAAUUUCACUUCUCUCUCGUCGUUUUGUUCAGCUGGCUUAAUUUUACUAUUUCAACUCAGCAACAUCGAAGAACUCAAACUGAAUAGCUUUUAAUUAUUAAUAUUGUUAAUAUUGUUUUUACAAAAUAGAAUUUAUUGGAGGAUUUCAAAUGAAAUUAUUUGUCUAUUUUUGGUUAGUCUCAUUGUUUGGGUUAUAUUACCGUAAAUUUUCACUGCUGAUAUAGAUAAAUUAGUGUAAAAUUAAUUUUUCCCAGUUUUU